AAAUUCUGGUGAUUGGCUGCCUUCACCUCGAUUCGGCAUAAGGUUUUCUUUUCUGGCGCUCUGACUGUUCUCCGACUCCUCGUUAUUCCUCUAGUUUUGCUGCAGCACAAGGAUUUGGCUGGCUUUACGUGCAAUCGGGAAUUUGGAGAUGGAAGUUGCUGAAUGUACUAAGAUUGUAAUAAACAGAAUCCAAAAGCUCGAACCAGAGAAUGCUAUGAAGCUAAUCGGCUACCUUCUCUUGAAACAUACAGAUCGAGAAAUUAUGGAAUUUGCAUUUGGACCCGACAGUCAGAUCCUUUCUCUGGUCAAUCAAGCCAAAGCAUAUCUUACUUUGUUGCAGAAGUCUAACCUUUCUUGUCCUAUGCAGCACCUUGAUGAUCAGAAGCUCCACUAUAUGUUUUUUUCCCCCACCAUAUCGCGACCUUUCUCUUCACCUUCCAGCUUUAGCAUCCCUGCUCCAUUGUCGGACUCUCAUCUACUCUCUGAUCAGAUGCUGAUUUCUCAGAAUCUAGAUUUCCCACCUUCUUCAUACACUGAUCUGAUUGGCGGGCUUUAUAACCAAGCUGAACAAUUGAGCUUGGUAGACCAUUUGCAUCCUUCAUGUCCUGACUACUUGAGAAAUAAGUGCUUUUCCGAGGCUGCAUUUGAGAGAGGUUUGAGUUCGAGGAUCAACAUGAGGUUGCAUCCUGGGUGGCUUGAGUCACCUCCCAGAGCUUGUCAUUACUAUUCCAAGGGCUACUGUAAGAAUGGCAUCAACUGUCGGUUCUCCCAUGGUCAGACAAACCCUGAUGGCUUCUCUGAUACACAUAAUCCAAGUCUGAAUGAAUUUGGUAAAGAAGACCAAGUUUCUGCACCUGGGUCAUUUUCAAAGUUGGAAUCGGAGAUCAUAGAGCUCCUGAAAUCAAAAAGAGGGAUGCCUGUUUCUAUAGCUUCUUUGCCCACCAUGUAUCUUGAGAAGUAUGGGAAAAUGCUUCGGGCUGAUGGAUACCUCACAGAGAGCCAGCGUCAUGGGAAGGCUGGUUUCAGCUUGACAAAGUUGCUUAAUCAAUUGAAUAAUAGCAUUCGGAUUAUAGACAGACCACAUGGGCAGCAUUCAGUUGUACUUGCAGAAGAUGCUUGUAUGUAUAUGGAGUACAGGAGUGACAGAAUCGAUCAAGGAGCAGUAAUUGCUAGCUCCCAUCAGAUAUAUCUUACUUUUCCAGCUGAAAGCACAUUCACCGGCGAAGAUGUUUUUAAUUAUUUCAAUCAGUAUGGUCCUGUUCAUGAUGUGAGGAUUCCACGGCAAGAGAAACGUAUGUUUGGGUUUGUGAGUUUCCUCUAUCCAGAGACCGUGAAAAAUAUUCUGGCAAAAGGACAUCCCCACUAUAUCUCUGGCACAAGAGUCCUGGUUAAGCCAUAUAAGGAAAAAUCAAAGCUAACAGACAAAAAGUAUGCAGAGAAAAUGGGGAGUCCAGAUUGUUUCCCUUCUCAAUUGUUUGCAGUGGAUCAGAACACUGAAUUAAUUCUCGGUAUAUCUAAAAGUACUGGAUCUCCGCAAAGGAACCUGUCUAAAGAUCAUGACCUUGCCAUUGAACUUGAGAGAAGACACCUAUUUGAGCUGCAGCUAACCCCUAAGCAGCCAAGACAACAAUCAUGUUUCAGCUUGGGAAUGGAAGAACUAAAGGUUUUAGAAGAUGAUUUUGACUGCCAUUCAACUGUUUUUAAGAGUGGCCCCAGAAAUGACUGCAUAUCUAAGCAGACAUACAACAAUUGUAAUGAUAUAAAUAGUGACCACAUUGAACUUCCAGAAAGUCCAUUUGCUUCUCCUCGGCUAGGAAGUAGCAUCUCCACAGUCACAUAGAGAUUGACAAAGAUGAUACAUAGAUUUAGAUUACACAUUCAAGACUCCCUACUUGUCAAGUAUUUGGAGUAACUCAUCCAAGCUCUACAAAAUCAACAUCAAGGGCAGAAGCUUCCACCAGAGGAAGUUUUCACACAUCAUAGAAAAGCUACAUCAAAACGGGAAUCAUUUAGUUUGGUACUAUUAGCCACAGAACAAAGUAUCAUGUGGAUGCUUAGAAAGAGAUAAAUGUAAGAUAGGCUGUUCUGAUAGAGUGACAAGUGAAAUUUUGUGGUUUAGAGGUUAUGCAAUGUUGUUGACAUUUUACAUACCCAUAUGAAUAGAAACUUAAGACAGAUUUGCGAAUGUACCAACAGAUACUAUAAUUUUACAGCAAUUAUGUUUUUCGUAGAAUACCAAAUUAA